GCCGACCUGCUCCCUGGGCGGCCCGAUCCGGCGUGUCUCAACAGCCGAUCCUCGUCACUAUCUGAGCGCCGCCUCUGAUAUACCUUUCCUUUCCCUCUCCCACCAUGGCGUCCGUCACCGCCUCAGCUUUCCGGGCUUCCCUUCGCUCAUCCGCCCGGUCCCGCGCCGCUUUCACCCCGGUCUCAAGCAGCUUCCGUGAUGCUGCGCCCUUUUUCUCGGUGUCGCGCGCUGCUCCCGUUUUCGUUUACUCCCAGGUCAACCGUCGCACAAUGGCCACCCAAGGUCCCGCUAAGAUCAAGGUGAAGAACCCCGUCGUCGAGCUCGACGGCGACGAGAUGACCCGUGUCAUCUGGAAGGACAUCAAGGAGAAGUUCAUCUUCCCCUACUUGGAUAUCGACCUCAAGUACUACGACCUCGGUCUUGAGUACCGUGAUCAGACCAACGACCAGGUUACCCUAGAUGCUGCCGAGGCCAUCAAGAAGUAUUCGGUGGGCGUCAAGUGCGCUACCAUCACUCCAGAUGAGGCCCGUGUGAAGGAGUUCAACCUCAAGCAAAUGUGGCUCUCUCCCAAUGGCACCAUCCGUAACGCCCUUGGUGGCACUGUCUUCCGUGAGCCCAUUGUGAUUCCCCGCAUUCCUCGCCUGGUGCCAGGGUGGAAGAAGCCCAUCAUCAUCGGCCGUCACGCCUUCGGCGACCAGUACCGGGCGAAAGACAUUGUUGUCCCCGGUCCGGGCAAGCUCAGCAUGGUCUACACGCCCGCCGGUGGUGGUGAACCGCAGGAGAUCGAGGUAUUUCAGUUCAAGAACGGCGGCGGUGUUGCUCAGGCUCAGUACAACACGGAUGAGAGCAUCAGGGGCUUUGCGCAUGCCAGCUUCAAGCUCGCUCUCGACAAGGGCCUGCCCUUGUACAUGAGCACCAAGAACACCAUCCUUAAGAAGUACGACGGCCGCUUCAAGGACAUCUUCCAGGAGCUGUACGACACCCAGUACAAGGCCGAGUUCGAGGCCAAGGGCAUCUGGUACGAGCACCGCCUGAUCGACGACAUGGUUGCCCAGAUGAUCAAGAGCAGCGGUGGUUACGUCAUGGCGCUGAAGAACUACGACGGCGACGUUCAGUCCGAUAUCGUGGCCCAGGGCUUCGGCUCGCUCGGUCUCAUGACCUCGGUUCUCAUCACGCCCGACGGCAAGACGUUCGAGUCCGAGGCCGCCCACGGCACCGUCACGCGCCACUACCGCGAGCACCAGAAGGGCCGCGAAACCUCGACCAACCCGAUCGCGUCCAUCUUCGCCUGGACCCGCGGCCUGAUCCAGAGGGGCAAGCUUGACGGCACCCCCGAGGUCGUCGCCUUCGCCGAGAGCCUCGAGCGGGCCUGCAUCGACACGGUCGACAUCGACGGCAUCAUGACCAAGGACCUGGCUCUCGCCUGCGGCAAGACCGCCCGUGAGGACUACGUCACCACCAGCGAGUACCUGAGCGCUGUCGAGCGGAGGUUGAAGCAGAGCCUGAAGGAGAAGCUCUAGGUGACCACCAGUCAGCCACUCAGCCGGGUGUUGUUCUAGACUUAUCUUUUGGCCAACU